AUGUUCUCCUAUCACGUGAUUUUGGACACCGGAGCUGGCAACAAGGUCGACCUGAACGGGUACACGUCUCAUCAAUACACGACGGUUCAAGAGAUCGUGGAUGGCUACUUGAAGAAUUACGAUUCACCAGCCCACUUUCAAAUCGUCUCUUGUGUUGUGAAAGACCAACAGAUUGGCCCUGAAACUUUCAUCUUCAAGUGGAAGUCCCCAAUUUUUGUGAAGCUUCAAACUGAUGUGGUAAGUAAUUUUGACAAUGUUUUUGGGUCAAUUUUUCAAUAUUUUACGGAAAACUAAAAUCUAGACUUGAAAAAGGACCGGAUCAAAUUUUUCUGUUGGGCCCCUUUCAGAGUUGCCUAUGGUUGUCUUCAUAUAAAUUCGGGUUUGUGAUAUUAGGCUGAAACAAAAGUAGCGGGACACUUUUUAGCAGAAAAAAUGAUAAUUGUCCCGCUACUUUUGGUUCAACUUAAUAUUUAAGAGCUUGGUUCUAAAGGACUCAUUCACAAAAAUCUUUUAAAAAAUUAACAGUGCGUCUUCACUAGACUCGUAAACUUUGGGCUCACAUGUACUAGUCCAGCCGGCUAUUUUCGAAUUUGCUUCGGCCCGGCCCCUAAAGAAAUAAAGAAAGGUGAAGCCGGGCCUAAUCGACCUUAUUCCUAGCCUAGCCACAGCAUAAAAUUUAUAUUUUUUAAAUUUAAUUUUUUAACCGGUCGAUUCCUUUCAAAUUUGUUUCGGCCCACCUUUUUCAAAUCUAACGUCAUAAUUAAAAAACAUUUCCACCCUUAAUCAGACUUUCUAUAAACCUGCGCUUUCAGAUCACGUUGAAGUACGCCAUGAACGACAACGAAUUCCUAACACAACAAGUCAAAUGUGGACAAACGGACACAGUACGUCAGGCGUUGACAAGACUAUUGCCUCCUCACGACAAACUGGAAAUCAUCACGUAUUCAGAGACAGUGCCCACUCAAUCGGACGAUGAAAGCAAACUGCCCAUCGACCGUUUGGUUUGGAGCGGAGCCGAAUAUACUAUCAGAUUCCAGUUGGCUUACGGAGUAAGGUUUUCUUUACUUAAAUGCUAGCUUAGCUUAGUCUAGUUGGAUGAUUAAGAAAGUAAAAGCUUUGCUACUUAAUGACUAAAGGGAUAGUUAACUGAUUAAUUAUGAACAAUAUAACCCGUUGUCAUUGACAUUAUACAUAAUGAAUUUGUGAUUUCAGUACAACGUCCAUUUCAAUGAAACGACAACUUUCGACUACUUUACAGAUGACACAACUGUGAGUGAUGUGGUGAGAAAAACAUUGCUGAAAAACAAUCUGGAGCUGCUUUUGGAAGACUAUGAAGUCCUAAAAUAUGUUGAUGAAGGAGUAAGUUUCUAAAAUCAUUCAAUUUUCUAAACUUAAAUCUUUUAUUAUAAUAUCAUGCACAAAACAUACCGUAGACAAUGAUAUCCGUUAAAAAAAAGAGGAAAACAGGGAGGGAAUUUAUAGACCAAAAAUGUUUAACCUUCCCAGCUAGACCUGUAAAAAGACCUGCACAAGCUGCGGGACCUAAGCUGUGCCCUGGGACUUUGUUUUGACCUUCGGCAUUCCAACGUGCCGGCUUGCCUUUUUUAAGUUUGCUACUCGGCUUAGGGUCCGGGCGUAGCCACCUUUCAAGUCUAGCAAACUAAAAUCUCCCAACCUCCACAAACUGUGAAAAAAGUUAAAAAUUUAAAACUUCAAAUUGUAAAAUACUAAAAUUUUUUUUUCAGUUUACCGGAGAAAAUACAUUAUGGCAAGAAAUCGAUAUGGAAGAACUAGUCAGCAGACACAGCUGUUUGAAAAUCACCUACAAAAAGGCUAAAAAUUCGUCAACUGACGAGAUUAAAGAGAAACUCGAACAGCUUGAACGAACAAUUCUAGAACGUGCAGAAGCUGACCAACAGAACGUUGACAAGUUGAGAGAGUCCUUAAACUCUACAAACAGCCAUAUUCACACCGUUCGCCACGAAAUCAACAGAAAACUGGAGGAGUAUUUCGAGGAAGACGAAGAUGAUUCGGAUGAUGAAGAAGACAACGAGGACUCACAGAAAAUCGAGGCCAUUAAAGGGGAUGUACUCAAACUGUCACAGAAUGUCGACAACAUCCUCAGCGUCCUCCAAACCAACCAAAAAUUCGAACAGCUAACGCAGCAAAACGCCGAACUGGUCAAGAAACUUCAAGUAGCCACAAGCAGAGAACACGAAAUCAAAAAUUCCCAAGAAUUCUUGGUUCAAGCCAUGCACCAAGCCACCAGCGAAAUGACCCUGAAGUUGGCUAAUGAAGAAAAGGAAAAACAGGCCUUGGCAAAGGAGUUGGAAAAGACUAAGCAACAAGUUGAACUCAGUAAAAGGAUCUUCGACGACAUGACCAACCGUACCAUUGACUAUGACAGUCUGAAAACUCGCUUCGAAGCCGAAAGAGAAAAAGUCACGGAGCUGGAAGAAGCGCUGGCUCAAGCUCGAACUGGCCAAGAAGACUUCAAGACAGUGUGUCAAAGCCUGACCGAGGACUACACGGACCUACAGAAGAAGAGUUUGAAGUCCCAAAAAGACUACGAACUUGUUGUAGAAGAGCUCAAAAAGGAGAAAGCCAGAGCUUUUGAGACGGAAGAAACGCUCCAGAAGGAGCUGGACGAGCUGAGAAUUGAUCAUGAAGCGUUCCUGAAGAUGGCCGACGACCACGAGCUGUUGAAGGCCGAGGUGGACGAAUUGUACUACCUGAGGGCUGAGAUUGAACAAUUGCACGACAAGCACGCGCAUCAAAUGAUCGAAACCCAAAAACAAAUAGACUUUGGUGCAAUAAGAUUCCGUGAGUCUGAACAGAGAAACCGUCAGUUGAUGAUGCUGGUUCGGGAUUUGCAAAACAAGCUGAAGCAAGAAGAAGAUGCUAAGUUGAAGACGUUCGUUGUUUCGCCCGAGGCGAUGAAGAAGAUGUUGCCAGAGAAUUCGGAAUCUCGUACAGACGCUUCAAAUGUGUCUUCUGGUACUACUGAAGCUACUAAGACCUCCACUGAAGCUUCAACUAAUGUUGCCCCCACUACUGUUGCUCCUACUACCCUUGUCGCUACUACUGAAGACCAAAAAGAAUCGGUCACAGAGCUAAAAACCCAAAUGACUGACUUGAAAAUCGACGAGUCUAACGAAUCCAUGCCUAGACUAUCACGCAACUCAAGCCUAUCGAACCCAGAAGACUUCGAGGUUGUUGAUGCCGACUUUUUGGAUGAAGAGUGCCGUAGCACCUACUCCAGCGCCGAGGAAUAA